AACAAUGUAUAUUUAUUUAUUUGAUCAGAUCUAACCUCAAAGAUAAUAGAAAUUUUGUGGGGACGAGCGGUGGUGCUCUGCGUUUUCGAUACUAAAUUCUAUUUGUGAUAAAUUAAGCAGUGAUAUUUUUCCGUCAUGGGUAAUAUAUUCAAAAAGUCUAAAGUCUCUAGAAUCACAACGCAAGACCGGGCGGUGCUGCAAUUGAAACAACAACGAGAUAAAUUACGUCAGUAUCAACGGCGUGUAGAAACAUCUCUUGAAAAAGACCGGGUAUUAGCGAAGACACUGCUCGCGGCCGGCAAAAAGCCUCAGGCGUUACUCUUAUUACGCAAGAAGCGGUAUCAAGAAGGACUUCUUGAAAACACCGACCGCCAACUGCAUAACAUCGAACAGUUGGCUGCCGACAUUGAGUUUGCAUCAGUGGAAGUCCAAGUGGUUGAUGGCUUGAAAGCAGGCAACAAGGCAUUGCAAGACAUCAAUGCCACAAUGGAUCUUGAUGAAAUCGCACAGAUUAUGGAAGAGACGCAGGAAGCGGCCGCGAAGCAAGAGGAAAUCAACGCGAUGCUUAGCGGUGUGCUAACAUCGGAAGAUGAAGACGCCGUCCUGCAGGAGUUGGAUAAACUCAUCCAGGAGGAAGUGGACGAGCUGCCGGUGGUUGCCGCCAGUGGCGAUGUUGAAGCCGAAGAGGAGGAGGAGGAGAUCCUUACACUGCCGAUUGUUCCUGACGAUAAGAUUAGGGUGAAAGAGGAGCGCAACACGCGCCAACUCGAGGCCGCAUCAUAAUCCGGUACAAUGUGAUUUAUUUUUUAUUUUUUGGUUUAUGUACUACAUUAUGUAGUAAAUUAUGCAGACAGACGUGAAACGUACUUGCGCGGGAGAGUGUGUGAUUCUUGUACUAACAUUUCUGUAAGAUAAAUUAUACGUUUUUAUUAA